GUUGUUUGAGGCUUUUGGAGUUUCGGACUACAACUCCCAUGACCACCUCGGCUGGAUUUUGGCGCGGUUUUACGUUAGCGGCGGCCAUUUUCUUUUCACACCGCUGUUUCAGAGACAGCCAACCAGCACUCGGACUACAAAACACGGAUUCAUUCAAAACAAAAACUUCCAAACACACCGGAAAACCGUUCCAAGCUCCAAGCGGAGGUCGCUGCGUACACCGGGCCGAAGUGGAACUCGGAGGAGUGUUUAUUUGAGCUGAAGUGGGUCUGUAGCGUGAAGCGAUAUGGCGACCGCAACCCCGAGCCGCGAGUCGAGCCGAGCGACGGCCGCCCAAACGCCGCUGAGCCCCGCGCGGAUCUCGCGCCUGCAGGAGAAGGAGGACCUGCGGGCGCUCAACGACCGCCUGGCCGUCUACAUCGACCGCGUGCGGUCCCUGGAGCUCGAGAACGACCGGCUGCUCGUCAAAGUGUCCGAGAAGGAGGAAGUCACGACCAGAGAGGUGCAGAGCCGUUCCUUUGUGCUGCUUGUACGAUCGAUAAACAUGCCUGUUCAGGCGCAGAGUUGUUCCAAAGCGUUAACGUGCCACAUUUUCCUUUUAUUCGGCGUUAAUUCGGAUUUCUAGCUGACAUUGCGUGUAGAUUCAGUGCGUUAAAUCUAUCAAACUUUACCAGUGUGUUGAGUGAUGGCACAACAUUUGAAAAACCGCGCUAGGAACUUAUGCAUGUGGACACAAUCAAGCCUGUGCAUU